CGAAAACAAGCAUUACAAAACGGAAGUACAUGUUCUGAAAGGAAUUCAUUCAUCGUUCAUACUUUGUUUUGUAACAUUUUAUUACUGUUCUACACAUGUGGAUGGUCUGAGGUGGUUUUUGCCCAUUAACCCUUUAUAAAGCAAUGAGUGGAGCACUAUUCGCCUGCGAAGACCCAGCUGUCUGGAGAAAGUUAUAUGGGAAAUACUGGGAGGUAGUGGAGGCCAAGUCCCUUGGGAAGGGCAAGAAGUCUGGAAAACUGCUUCCCUUGGAUAAAUGGUAUCAAGAGGAGCUGCCUGUAGCCAUCGCUGGGCGUGCUUACAAAUACGUCACCCAACCAGAGCUGGUGAAACUGAUGGAGUGGAAGCUCACUAGGGGGAAGUUCCGUCCGCGGCUGCAGCAGCUCGUGGCCUCUAACAGUGAUGAGAUGGUGGAGAAGUGCUCUAGAAAGGCCUUCAGUCUCCUCCCUGACGUCCAGGCAGCCAUCACAGAACUCAGCUCUCUCAAAGCCCUGGGCCCAGCCACCGCCUCAGCUGUAUUGGCAGCAGGAGCUCCCGAGCAGGCUGCGUUCAUGGCCGACGAGGCCGUUGAAAGUAUCCCUGGACUGGGGCCCAUCCAGUACACACCCAGGCACUAUGCGCUCUACCUGAACAAGAUGGCUACACACACACAAACACUUAACAAAGUGGACAGCGAGCGGGACUGGACCCCCCAUAGGGUGGAGCUGUGUUUGUGGGCAUGGGCUGUAGCCAAUCAGCUGCAGCUCCCCCUGCUGAAGGACGUGAAUCUAGAGAGCAGCCUUCACAAUAAGUCAGACCCGGAGACCAAUGACAGGCCACCUAAGAGACAGAGGACCAAGUAAACUUUUUUUCUUCAGAAAACUACCUUGUAAAGCCUUUAGUUUGACUGUAGAGAAUAUGACUGGGAUGAAAGAAUGUCAGGCUACCUCAACAUUAUUGCAGUAGUGUUUUGUCUUUACGGUAUGUCUAGUUUUACAGUGUAACGUGCAAAUAAACUUGCUAAUUAAAUCUUUAAACAGGAUUUAUUUAGCAUCUGGUGCUUGGUUAACUCACCCCAUGU